AUGUUGACAUUCAAACCUCCUUCAUCUUCCAACUACACUUUCUUCCUCUUAUUUCUUCUACUCAAUAUUUCUCUAUGCUCAGCUAUUGUACUACCUACAACACUAACCCUUCCAGUCACCAAAGACCCAUCAACCCUACAAUAUAAUACGGUAAUAGGGCAGAGAACUCCGUUAGUCCCUGUCAACUUCACCAUCGACCUUGGUGGCCGAAGCUUAUUGGUGGACUGCGAAAGAGGUUAUGACAGCUCAACUUACAAACCGGCUCGCUGCAAUUCCACACAAUGUUCUUUUGCCAAGGUUGAUUCUGAUGCCUGUGGAGACUACUGCUCCAAACCUCGACCACAGCCUGGAUGCAACAACAAUACUUGUCAUACUCUAGUUGGAAAUCCCAUUAUUAAUCAUUACACAUACGGUGCAGAACUCGCUGAGGAUGUGUUGGCCAUUGGUGUAGUGCCAAUCAUCCUGAUCUCUCAGCCAAGAUUUAUUUUCACUUGUGUUGAGUCUUAUAUAAUGAGACGCCUUGGCAAAGGAGUCACAGGAUUUGCAGGUUUUGGACACGAUAGUACAAUUUCCUUGCCUAAUCAACUUGCUUUAUUAGACUCAAGAUUCACCAGGAAGUUUGGUAUUUGCUUGAGCUCAUCUACAAGAUCUAGUGGAGUUAUCUUCAUUGGUUCUAGUCCAUAUUAUGUUUACUAUCCUAUGAUUGAUAUCUCCAAUAAUCUUGUCUAUACCAAACUAAUCACAAAUCCCAGGGACUUACUGAAAACUUCCGAGUACUUUGUCCAAGUUUCGUCCAUUCGGAUCGCGGGGCAAGACGUUCCACUAAAUAAAACAUUGCUGUAUAUUAGCAAGAAAAAUGGAGUUGGUGGAACCCAAAUCAGCACAACGAUACCUUUCACAAUUUUGCACACUAGCAUUUACGAUGCUGUUAAAACUGCUUUCCUCAAGGCGAUUCCUAAGAACGUGACAAUCGUAGAGCCUCCUAUGAAAAGAUUUGGAGCUUGCUUUAGUUCCAAAAAUAUUGGACGCACAAACGUUGGACCAGAUGUUCCUAUAAUAGAUUUUGUCUUGCACAAACCGAGUGCAUAUUGGAGGAUUUAUGGGGCAAAUUCAGUGGUACAAGUUAACAAGGACGUUAUGUGUUUAGCGUUUGUUGGAAGGGACCAAACUUGGGGACCAUCGAUUGUGAUAGGAGGUCAUCAAUUGGAAGAGAAUUUGUUGCUAUUUGACCUUCCACGAAACAAAAUAGGUUUCAGCUCCUCACUCAAGCUCCAAAAAACAUCAUGUGCUAAGUACGAUUAUGCCUCUAAGAUUUAAAGAAAGAGUAUUUUUACUAAUUAAGGUAGAUGAUGAACUCUUGUACAUUGUCAUUUUUUUGGUUUUUCUUUUUUCUGUUCUUAAGUUGUUUCUAUGCACGUGUCGUUUGAUGGGUGGGAUAAGGGAUAACAAUCCUGGAAUAAAAGAAUCCUGCAUUUUAUCUCGCGUUUGGUUAUGACUUAUGAGUAUUAAUUAGUCACGGGAACCAUUUCGUACUACCAUGGUAGAAUUAACCGAUAUCAUAUAGAAGGUGGGAUAGCUAACCUAAUGAAAUAUCAUUAUCUAUCCCAUCUAGGCAACCAAAUGACCCUCUAGGAAUAAAAAACAGUAGCAUCUUGAGCUUAUCAAAAAGGUUAAAUAAGAGAGCUUUGAUCUUUGUAAUAUUACUUUUCCUUUCUUAUUUUUUUUAAAAAACUUGUUUUAAUUAAUACACAUUAAUAUUAUUAUAAUCGGACUAAUUUGUCCUUUCUAAUGUUACUCUCUUUUUGACUAAUUAAUUUUAUGAAUAUUGUUUUCAAAAAGAUCCCAAUUGGAGCUACUUAAUUACUAAUUCUUAGUCUCCUCUAAGCUUCAUGUGGAGACUUCGGGAUUACAAGCCGAUUACAGUGCACCAAAAGCUAUUGAC